AUGCACAAAAAGGUGCGUUAUCACUCCAACUUAUGUAGCACGGGCCGAUUCGUGCCCUCGGCGCACGUGCAGCUCACGGCGUUACUGUUCUGCAGCAGGCGCGGCAUGAGCUCGGCCCGCGGCGGCAAGGGGAGCAAUACAGCUGGCCCCCCCGGCACGAUAAAGGGUUUUGGUCGAAGACAGAAACCGGUCGACGCUGGCAACACUGCUCUGGGCAAAGGGUUCGACCUCAUGGAGGACGAUCCGGAUUCGCGGAAGAAAGUCGUCAUCGGGGGGUAUGACCCGCAUGGGUUUCAGCUUGGAGACGGCGUGGACGUGAGGGGUUCGAUGAUCUGCAUGCCUAACUCGUUCGUCCUGUGGCAGCCAAAGCGGCCGUCGGACAUAACGGUUGAAAGCCUCCGCAUGGUGGAGCUCGUGAUCCCCAAGAUAGAUCUGAUUAUUGUAGGCGUGGGGGAGAGAAUGACGGCUAGGCUCGACCCGGUGCUGGUGAAGCACCUCGCGUCAAAGGGGAUCCGCGUGGAACAGAUGGACACGGUGAACGCGUGCUCUACGUUUAACGUGCUAAAUGCCGAAGAUCGAAGGGUCGCCGCGGCUCUUCUCCAGUUGUCGCCCGAGGAGGAAAGCAUCCUCUCCAAAUAG